CGCCGCGCCGCCCGGCCGCUGCGGGCCUGGAGCCGCCCGGCGGGCCUGAGCGACCCUCGCAGCCGCACGGUCCUGCUCCGCCGCCCGCCGCCAUGGACGUGUACCCCCCGCGCAGGCUGGGGCUGCCCCGGGCGCGCGCCCCCGGAGGCUCCAGCCGCGGGUCCCCCUCCGUCAGCUGCAGCCGACUCCGGCAGGUUCAGAGCAUCCUGACCCAGAGCAGCAAGUCUCGGCCUGAUGGGAUCCUCUGCAUCCUAGGAAUUGAUAGCAGGUAUAAUGAAGGCUGCAGAGAGCUGGCAAAUUAUCUUCUAUUUGGUUUGUACAAUCAGAAUACCAGUGAUUUUGAGAAAACAGGAUUUUCUGAGGAGGUUCUAGAUGAUGUAAUUAUAUUGAUUAAAUCAGAUAGUGUCCAUCUGUACUGUAAUCCUGUAAACUAUCGCUAUCUCUUACCCUAUGUGGCACAUUGGAGAAAUCUGCAUUUCCACUGCAUGACUGAAAAUGAGUAUGAAGAUGAGGAAGCUGCAGAAGAAUUUAAAAUUGCCAGCUUUGUGGACAUGGUUCGAGACUGUAGUAGAAUUGGCAUUCCUUAUAGCUCCCAAGGUCACUUGCAGAUAUUUGAUAUGUUUGUGGUGGAAAAAUGGCCAAUCGUGCAGGCCUUUGCGCUUGAGGGCAUUGGAGGAGAUGGAUUUUUUACCAUGAAAUAUGAGUUGCAGGAUGUGAGUUUGAAUCUAUGGAAUGUCUACAGCAAGAUGGACCCUAUGUCUUUGGAGAGUUUGCUUUCAGAAGAUUUGGUAGCUUUUGAACAUCAGUGGACUAGCUUCUUUGCUAAUUUUGACACAGAAAUUCCCUUCCUACUGGAACUUUCAGAAUCUCAGGCGGGUGAGCCAUUCAGAAGUUACUUCAGUCAUGGAAUGAUCUCCAGCCAUAUAACUGAAAACAGCCCUAAUAGGCAGCCAUUUGUUCUCUUUGGUAAUCACUCCACACGAGAAAACCUGAAUGCUGGCAACUUUAACUUCCCUUCUGAAGGACACCUGGUACGCAGCACUGGUCCUGGUGGGAGCUUUGCCAAACACAUGGUAGCACAGUGCGUCUCACCAAAGGGACCUCUUGCUUGUUCAAGAACAUACUUUUUUGGAGCUACUCAUGUUCCUUACCUGGGUGAUGACAACAAGUUGCCCAAGAAAACUGAACAAAUUAGGCUCUUGUCCCAGGUAUAUGCUGCUGUUAUUGAGGCUGUUUUGGCUGCCAUUGCAUGUUAUGCUAAAACUUCCAGUCUAACAAAGGCCAAGGAGGUAGCAGAGCAGACCCUGGGAUCUCGGUUAGAUUCCUUUGAGUUGAUUCGGUUUAAGACAGCCCUGCGCUCCAAGAUGGCUUUUCAUAUACAUGCUGUGAAUAAUCAGGGAAGAAUUGUGCCUCUGGACAGUGAAGAUAGCUUAUCCUUUGUGAAGACGGCUUGUAUGACCAUCUAUGACAUUCCUGACUUGCUGGGAGGAAAGGGAUGCUUAGGAUCUGUGGUCUUCUCAGAAUCAUUUUUGACAUCUCAGAUCUUAGUUAAAGAAAAGGAUGGCACUGUUACCACAGAAACCAGCUCCAUAGUCCUGACGGCCGCUGUACCCAGAUUCUGCUCCUGGCUGGUAGAAGAUAAUGAAGUAAAAUUGUCUGAGAAAACCCAGCAAGCAGUGAGGGGGGAUGAGUGUUUCCUGGGCACUUUUCUAGCAGGAGGAGAAGGAGCAUAUCUUUAUUCCGGCAAUCUACAGCCCUGGCCUGAGGAAGGGAAUGUGAAUUUCUUCUCUAGUGGCCUUCUGUUUUCUCACCGUCAUCACGGAAGUAUCAUCAUUUCCAAGGAUCACAUGAAUUCCAUUUCCUUCUAUGAUGGGGAUUCUACCAGUAUUGUUGCUGCCCUUCUCAUAGACUUCAAAAGCUCAAUGCUUCCUCAUCUCCCAGUUCAUUUACAUGGAUCAAGCAAAUUUCUGAUGAUUGCCCUUUUCCCCAAAUCAAAGAUAUACCAAGCAUUUUACUCAGAGGUCUUCUCCCCCUGGCAACAGCAGGAUAACUCAGGGCUCUCUUUAAAAGUGAUCCAGGAAGAUGGAUUAUCUGUGGAACAAAAGAAAUUACACUCCAGUGCACAGAAGCUCUUCAGUGCCCUGAGCCAUCCUGCUGGGGAGAAACGGAGUUCUCUAAAGUUACUCUCAGCUAAACUCUCAGAGCUGGACUGGUUUCUCCAGCAUUUUGCCAUCAGCAGCAUUAGUCAGGAGCCUGUGAUGCGGACCCAUCUCCCUAUCCUGAUGAAGCUAGCUGAAAUCAACCCUACUCACAACAGAGUAGAAAAUGACAAGGUAAUUAUCAGCAUUGUAACCGGCCUCCCAGGCUGUCAUGCUAGCGAGCUCUGUGCUUUUCUGGUCACUCUGCAUAAAGAAUAUGGCAGGUGGAUGGUGUACCGCCAAAUCAUGGAUAGCUCCGAAUGUUUUCAUGCUGCUCACUUCCAGAGAUACCUUUCCAGUGCCCUGGAGGCCCAACAGAACCGCUCUGCCCGCCAGUCAGCCUACAUCCGCAAGAAGACCAGACUGCUGGUGGUGUUACAAGGCUACACAGAUGUUAUUGAUGUUGUCCAGGCCCUACAGACCCACCCAGACUCAAAUGUUAAGUCCUCCUUUACCAUUGGUGCCAUCACAGCGUGCGUGGAUCCCCUGAGCUGCUACAUGGAGCACAGAUUUCUUUUCCCUAAAUGUCUUGACCAGUGUUCACAAGGCCUGGUGAGUAAUGUGGUGUUUACCAGUCACACCAUGGAGCAGCGGCACCCUGUCCUUGUUCAGCUGCAGAGCCUCAUCAGGGCUGCCAAUCCUACUGCAGCCUUCAUUCUUGCAGAAAAUGGGAUUGUCACCAGGAAUGAAGACAUUGAGCUGAUUCUCUCAGAAAACAGUUUUUCAAGUCCUCAGAUGCUGCGAUCUCGAUAUUUAAUGUACCCUGGCUGGUAUGAAGGUAAAUUUGAUUCUGGAUCAGUGUUUCCACUAAUGGUUCAGAUCUGCGUAUGGUUUGGCCGUCCAUUGGAAAAGACUCGCUUUGUGGCCAGGUGUAAAGCAAUUCAGUCCUCCAUCAAGCCAAGUCCCUUCUCUGGAAACAUCUACCACAUCCUGGGCAAAGUCAAGUUUUCAGAUUCUGAGAGAACCAUGGAGGUCUGCCACAAUACUCUGGCCAACUCACUCAGCAUCAUGCCGGUUUUGGAGGGACCCACGCCACCACCCGACUCCAGAAGCACACCUCAAGACAGCAGUGGGCAGCAGGAGUGCUACCUUGUGUUCGUUGGCUGCUCCCUGAAAGAGGACAGCGUCAAGGACUGGCUGCGGCAGUCAGCUAAGCAGCUCUUUUGGGACCUGACCCCUCCUUACAUCUCUGCACAGAAGCCUCAGAGGAAAGCCCUGAAGACCAGGGGGAUGCUGACCCAGCAGGAGAUCAGGAACAUCCAUGUGAAACGCCACCUGGACCCCCUACCAGCAGGCUACUUUUAUAAUGGCACCCAAUUUGUUAACUUCUUUGGUGACAAGACUGAUUUUCACCCACUCAUGGACCAAUUCAUGAAUGACUAUGUGGAAGAAGCCAACCGAGAAAUCGAGAGGUACAACCGUGAGCUGGAGCAGCAGGAGUAUCAUGACCUCUUUGAGCAGAAGCCCUAGAAGAAGCCCGGGGCCAUACAUCCUGCACAGUGUCCACCCUGGAGAUGGACGAAUGGGUGGCCCCUCCCUGAAGGGGCUGUCUUUGUUCUCCUUGGCCUAUGUGUGCUGGCUUGAAUGCAUGUUAUCUUUAUUCUCUAUACAGCGCUGAAGAGCAUCACCUACACCACUGAUUUGGGGGAUGGGGUGGGGGGUCCUCAAGGAUGGGCAGACUGGGACUGCCUGUGUGUGCAGCUGGCAGUCAUCCAGGAGCUCUGGGUCUCUGAUAACAGUAUCUCCUCUGGGCUGUUGAGACACUGUGUGGGGAUAAGGAGAAGCAUUUGGAUUGCACAGUGGAGCUGCUGGGACUUAGAAGGCACCCUGGCUGCCCAAACUGUGGCCAUGCCUGGUGGGCAGGCCACAACAGGCCUCAGGUGUCAGAUGCUGCCCCAAGAGAGCCAUCAUCUGCAGUGGAGUGCCUGCCUCCCCUGCUUAGGCCCCUUCCAUUGAAGGAGCUGGCCCUACUAGCCCCCAGCCCAGGCCUGGGGAGAGCAGCCCAAGCCCAGUCCACAGAGCCAGCAGCUUAGGCUGAGAACGACUGCUUAUUUGAAAUGAAGGGAUUCCCCGUACAGACUAAACUGAAGGAAAGGCACGUUUUCCAGAAGCGUGUGGCUCUCAAGUUGACAUCAGCAUUCCGUCUUGUGCUUGGUUCUUGAUCUCUCCUAUGGCUUCACUAGGGUUUCCCUAAUUCAGGGUCAAGAGCGAGCCUGCUGCCCAAGCUCCCCUGAUAAAGCUUGACCUAACUGUAAAGGGGAGCGUCCUGCAGCUGUUAGUCUCAGGCCUGGGGUCUGAUUACUUGUCAGGCGUCUGUCUCCAGCACCCAGCCCUCCCACCAGCCUUGCCAGGGAAGGCCUGCUUUUUAGCCACAAACUUCAGGAAACUCAAACACCCCCCCCCCCCCCCGUGCAUUGUUUGGCUCCUGAGGACCAGGAAUUUCAACGAAUUCCAAUACCCAAGUUAGAAUUCCUUCAAGUGGCAUCGUAAAUCAGAGGAGAAUUACAAGUGUGUCCGUGCCUGACAUUCAUAAUUACUGUGGGGAUAGGUUGGGCAGGGGUGUCACAGGCACUGAUAUUUAGGUGAUGUCUGUCAGGACUUCAGCGCCUUGGCUGCCUAGAUUGUAAAUGUUUUCUGAAUUUCACAUAUUUUUUUGCAUGCCUUAGGAAGAAGCACAUAGGUGAAACCAGCAAAGUUUCUAGUAAUGUAGAGGGGUUUUUGAGAAAGCCCCCUGAUGCAGAGGGGAGAGAGGAUGGAACACAUGGGGUCUGUGUACCUGGUCACACAGAGGCCUGCAUGCAAGUAGCAAAGCAAUUGUCAAGGGUUUGUCAAUAAAAUGUACUAGAAAAAAAUUUGUAUUUAAAGCCAAACGAACAAAAUUCCAAAUACCAUUGAAUAAGAAAUCUUGCAUCAAGAAAGGCUUCUGAAAAUUCCCAUGUGCUCCAGUCUCUGCUCCAAAGCCAUUGGUGACAAAGGCCCCACUGUGGAGUCCAAGUCUGGGAGCCCCUGACUUCUGGCUGGCCAGAGGCCAGGGUCUAUGAAGGGCCUGCCUCUGCUUCAGAAUCAAUAACAUAGAUCUUAAGUGCAAUUGAUUAAUAAGCAAUGACUUACUGUAGCUUCCUUUAGCUCUACCGAGCUCUUUUUAAAAACUCAAACUUGAGCAGCCUUAGAAAAGGGAGGGGGGUGGGGGUGUGAGAACCAUAGGCCAUUUUUCCUCCAGGUGGGUUUCUGUGAGGUUUUAAAAGAAAGCUCUGGAUCUAGGAGCUUGAGCCAUUUCUGGCUGCCCUGGCCUGGCAGUCUGGCUGCUGCACAGAAGAGUUUUUAAAGAGGGGUCGGAGCCUGCCCAUAUUGUGGGCCUUCCCACCACGUGGGGCUGUACUGCGUGGUGGUCCUGGUUUCUGACCAUUUUCCAUAGAAAUGCUCUCUCACCAACCUGCCCCACUGUCCCAAUUCCUUUCCUCUUGGAGGAAAAAACUGUGAUUACCUCAACUUGAGUAUGAAACUGUGAUUGAAAAAAGUCAAAACAUUAAGAAGUAUCAAAGCCAAAAAGGCAAAACUGGCUGAGGCCUCUGUAGAUGCUCCUCAGCCUGCUCGGGAGUGUGAAGGGGCACACUGGCGAAAGGGCAUUCCUCGGAGCGGCCGCUCUGCCUCGGUGCAGAUGCACACUGCGCACUGUGUGAGCUCUUUGAGGACUGAGGCCCGGAGGUCGCUUCCAGAACCUGCCGGGCCUCCGGGUUCUGGCUGUGAAGUUCACAUCCACUUGAUUCCUGUGUGGGGAGCCAGGUCUUAGACUGUCUCCACAGGAAGGGCCAUGACACUGUGUUUUAGCUUUUGACCUCAGAAGUGGAUAGUGGGGACCCAGCAGAGACAUCCAGGUGGGUUCCUAGGAAAGGCGCAGUCCUCCAGGGGCUUACAUGCUUUUUACCAACUUUCCUGUUAGCAGCUUCGGUUUUAUAUCACCCAGAGUGUGUGUGAUAAUGUUGAAGUCGCUGAAGUUAUAGGUUAUUUUAUGUUUUGACAUGGGAUUUUUCUUUUUGUCAUUGGAAAGAGGAGGCAGAAAUUGGAGAAAACAGGAUUACCUUUGGAAGGGGCCACUGGUUAGGAGCCAGGCUGGCCCCUCUGAGCCCUGGGGGCUCUCUGACCUGAGGCCUGGAUGCUGGGCCCUUCAGGUUGCAAGAAAAAGUUCCCUCCUAAAUUCUAAUAGGAUUUUGGAGAAUUUUUGCACAGUAAUAAGCUCUGGGUUGAUCUUUGGGCUUCUCAAAAGGGAAAUGUUCAACUCAAAGAUUGUAAACUAUUAAGUAUUCCAGCCGUGUUGCUGACUUAGUUGGGUAGUUGUACCUCAAAAAGUAGGUGAGAAAUGGUUUCUUCAUUGUCCCAGGGUGUUAAAUACUAAUGACAUAAGAGCUCACUUACGUGCCAAAAUUCACUUUUAUACUAGUUUUUCAGUGCUUUAAUAUUUGUAACUUAAAUUUUAAAACUCAUUUACAAACACUACUGUAACUUCAGUGAAACUGAAUUGUGUGAUUGAAGCUUUUUGCUUAUUAUAGUAUUUAUUACACUACUUAAUUCAGUAAAUAUAUAAAAGUAGCCUUCAAUUUAUUUUUAUAUUAUUUUACAUGUUUUUACCUGCAGUUGUGUAUGUGAAUUUACCUUGGUAAUUAAGAUGUUAAUGCUAAGGACCAAUAAACUAUCACUGAACAA